AUGUCGCGACUAGCAUCACCAGCAAUGAUCCUAACAUCAGCAAUUCCAAUAUCUGAGAGCAACAGCAAACGCGAUCUUCACGGAAUGACGCUAAGUUCCGUUUGUUCAUUAUCAGUAUACCCAACACCAUGUCUUGAGUUCAAUUUGCAUUUACCUUCGUACACGUCAACUGCAUUGCAUCAGCAUCAGUAUCUCGCGAUACAUAUUAUGCCGCCUACAAACCACUCUGCCAAGAUCUGUCGUGUUUUUGCCAAAGGUGUCAAGUUGAAUAAACGAAGAGGAACCAAUGAGCUUAAUGAUGAUGAUGAUGAUGAUAACGAUGGAGAGAUGUUCCACGAGAUGACUACUCCAUUCACUGAGUUGGUGGAGAACCAAGACUAUACAUUCAUCAGGAGAGUUGAGGACAAUGUGGCAAUUCCAGUUUUGAACCAUGCUGAACUGGUAUUCAUUUGUAAAACAUUGCACAAUUUCACAACAAUUGGUGAUCAUGAGAUUUGGGUUGUUCAAGUUGUUGAUAUCUUGUCACAAUCAAACCCAACUGGGGGAAUUUUAUACUUCAAUAGAGGUUUCCACAAAAUUGGAGAGUCGUUGUUAGAGGAGUAA